AUGGAAUGUAUUCUUCUUGUUACUUCUUAUCCUAAUUUAACUGAAUUAAAAAUUUUUAAUUGUCAACGUGAUAAUUCAUUAGAUUAUUUUACAGAAUAUUUGAACAUUAUCGAAACAUCAAUUUGUGCAUAUCCAGAUUUAUCAAUUCGUUAUUUAUCAUCAAAUAUAUUUUCUUCAUCAAUUCUUACUUAUUUAUCAAUUAAUGUUGGAACAUUAACUGAUUGUAUUUAUUUACUUGAUGGUCGUCUUAAACAAUUAAAUACAUUUAUUAUUAGAAUUUAUCAAAUGGAUUUAGAUUCAUCUAUUGUUCAUAACUUAGAUGAUUUACCUAAUUUAAAGUGUUUCUCAUUAAUACAUUAUGGUUUAAUUGAAGAAUAUAAUAAUAUAAAUAAAUAUCUUUUACAUCGUAUGUUAUACUUGGAAAAACUAACAUUAUAUUUACGUAUCGCUUGUCAACCUGUAUUUAUUGAUCCGAUUUCUAUUAUAAAUCAAUUUUCUAUGCAUAUGUCACAACUUAAUUCAUUUAAGUUUUAUCUUAAAAGUACUGAGAACAAUAGAAAUGUAAUGGUUCGUUAUUUGUCAAAUAAUAAUAUAAAACGAUAUAAUAAUAAUAAAGAAUAUAAAGACCUAUCGGAUAUUAUUUGUUAUACUUCUAACAUAGCUACAUAUCAUAUAUUUACUCUUCCAUUUGAGUUUGCUGUACUCAUGUCAAUUGGAAAUAUAUAUAUGUAUUCUGGAUAUGUUCAAAAAAUAAAAUAA